AUGAGCAAGAGCAAGCAGGGAAAGCAGGUGCCGGAGCGAGCUGGACCCCUGUCCCCGUCCAAGGGCGAGAAGUCCCCCAGGAUGCCCAAGUGCUCCCGGUGCCGGAACCACGGAUACGUGUCUCCUCUGAAGGGCCACAAGCGUUUCUGUAACUGGAGGGACUGCCAGUGUCCCAAAUGUAAGCUGAUAGCGGAGCGGCAGAGAGUCAUGGCGGCGCAGGUUGCCUUGAGGAGACAGCAGGCUCAGGAGGAGGAGCUUGGGAUUUGUAGUCUGGCCCAGGCGAUGGCACUGUCUGGCCCAGAUGUGAUGGUGAAGAAUGAAACCGGAGGCGACUGUCUGUUCUCUGUGGAGGCGCGAUCUCUCACUCCUACCAGCGCUACCACUCCUUCUCUUGCCGUCACAGGGUCUCGCUUGGCAUCAUCUUCCAGCCCUUCAGCUGCUGGCAGGGCUCACACUGACGGAGCGUCCGACCUGCUGCUGGAAAGCUCCUACUACAAUUUCUACCAGCCGUCACGCUACCCCACCUACUAUGGCAACUUCUACAACUACCAGCAGUACCAGGUGGAUGAUGAUAAUAUAAGGUGGUGUAGAGCUCCCAGACAGGAGAUGGUGCCAGAUAAGAGGACAGGCCCUGUCAGGGAGAUGCCCCAUGGUGACGGCCGCCUGUCCAGUCACAACAUGUCCUCUCAGUACCGCAUGCACUCCUAUUACCCAGCAGCCACCUACCUGACCCAGGGCCUGGGCUCCACCACCUGUGUGCCGCCCUUCUUCAGCCUGGACGACAACAACAGCUGCUCCGAGACCAUGGCAGCCUCAGCCUUCUCACCCAGCAGCAUGAGCCCUGGUCAGGACUCCACCAUGACCUGCCGCUCCAUCGGCUCCCUGGUCACCUCCAAUGUGAAGGCCGAGUGCGAGGUCAGCAGCCAGACGGCCAACUUCACCGGUGGCUCCAUGGACGUCGGCGCCAAAUAAACGAGGCUGAGGAAAACAUCACACGACAAGAGCAUUAGAUCAAGCAGUUCAGUAGUUGAGUGUUCCUGCAGGUUUUUACGACGUUGCUGUUGUCUGGAGGUAUUUUCCAUUCUGUAGCCGACAGAACGGGU